AUGCGCGCUGUGGUAGUGAUAGCGCGCGCUGCGCUAGGACCUGAGGGACACUGCAAAAAUAGCCUCUACAAGGCUACAAGGACUACAAGUCCUACAUCAGAGUUGGAUAUGGGAUUUCCACCUAGCUGUGAAUUCAAUUUCCACCAUUCGCCUGACCUGGCGAACAGCUCUUCAAACUUCCUGGCAGUGGAUCAUCCAGCCAGUAACUCAGUCAAUGUAAUUCCACCAAAAGACAGUCCUUUCGACAUGGGUUUCGACGCACUUCUGGUUCAACAUGAGCAUCCGGACCAGAUGCCUUUGGAUAUGGGCUUUGGCAUCAAUCCGGUUGAUUAUGUACCCGAUCGGUCAGUCGAUAUUGAACUGGAAGACAGGCCUUUGGACAUGGGCUUUGGUAUCCAUCCGGUUCAUAAUUUUCCGGAUCAGUCAUAUAAGUCACUUCAUUAUUUGGUCGCACUGUUAAAUGUAAAUUCAGUGGAUAUUGGACCUGACAAUAUGCAUUUGGACAUGGGAUUUGAGACACCGGAUCUGGUAUAUCUUUUGCCGGAUCAGUCCUUGGGUCAACCGGAACCCAUCGGAUUUGUCAUUGAGCGCGCUGUAGGAGAUUUGCGCUUGGCGACACACUGGUUGGAGAUGCAAAGGGCCCAUGGCACAAUGUCACCGGAAGAAGUGUCUGUCAGCCGGGAAGUUCUUCAGUCCACCAAUGAGUUGUUGUUGGCAUUUCAACUGAUAUCAAUAUACCGACUGUCGACAUGA